GUCUAGUAUAAAGACAGUGUAGAUUUAAUGUCACACUCUCCAAGAAACCACUAAGGACAGGCGAUAUAGGGAUACCUCCACACCAAAAUGGCCUACCACACUGACCAUUACUCUAUUGAUCCCCUGGAGAGAAUGACCAGACCUGGCGCUGACCAGUACCGCAAAAUCUACCACAAAACCCCCACCAAGCGAAAAUAUGAGGAAGUUGAUAUUGAUGAAUAUGACACUAUAACGGAUCAUGGAUAUUUCUCACAAAGUCCCAUGCACAGUCAUGGAGCGUAUCACUGCCCCAGCCAACACAGGACUCCGUGUGAUUGCAGACUGUGUUGUCAAGACGAUGAUAGGGUCAGUUCACGCCGUCCACCGAGAGAUCAGUUUACAGGAUACGCGUGGCCACCCUACCAAUCCACAUUGAGAAACAUUUACGAAAAUACCCCAACCAAGGUUGCUUGUUGUCAACCCCGCCGGUGCUAUACUGACGUUAAGCACAUAGAAAACAUUCACCGUCCGUCUCGUCCUUCAACCGUGCCGAGGACGUGUCUAACAUCAAGAAAAAGAUUAUCUUUCGAUUCUUCAAACCACGAGCGACAAACUGAUUCAUCACAAGAAUUCAAAUUCAGUCAUGUGAGAGACUUACGUUAUGACAUGGAGUCUGUGGACGUCAGAUUUACCCCGAAAUCGGAAUUGUGCGCCAACAACAUCAAUAAUGAAGGUCCCAGAAUGCCGCCCUGUCGUACCCCUGUACAACAAUCAUCAUCAGAUCGGGGGGUGUUUCUUUAUAACUGUCCUGUGCAGCCAGCAGAAACAGGUACAUCAGGUCGCCAAAGUCAAAGUAUUCACGGAAGCCGACAAACCACGCACCAAGGUCCCAACAGCACCAGUUCCUGCAAGUGCUCGAGCCUGAAACAAGGCUUCAUCACACUCGCAGCAAACGCCUUCAGCAACAUCAAGAGGAAGGACUCGUCGGCAGAAAGCUUUCAGCAGUUUAAAACGGAGGUUGACAGAACAAACGAGUUCCUUAAACAGACGCUUGAAAUGCUGACAACUUUCAAAGAUCUUUGUGGACAUUAAAGAGGACAUCCGCACACUAACACUGAACAAAGGGAUUGAAUGCAUCCCCAUACUUGCAUAUCAAACACGUAUCAAAGCGAAUCUGUGAUAAAGAGUUAUGUGCAUACGUAUAACUGUUAAAUAUGUCGAGCGAAUCUGUGAUUCAGUUUUAGAUUUUAAAUGUUCGUACUGUUCGGAUAUCAUAACGAAUCGGCCAUGUUCAGCCCUGUCAACAUAUCUGAUCACACCGAACAUUGCUGAUAGGGCUAAGCAUGGCUGAUUCGUUAUGAUAUCUAAACAGUACGAACAUUGAACAUCUAUAUAUCAAAGCGAGUAUAUAUAUUAGUGAAUCUGUGAUCAGAAUAUCAUAUACUUCGUACUGCUCACUUCUCAAAGCGACUCUGGGAUGCCGACCUCUGUGCAUCCUUUUGACUGUUACAUAUAUUAAAGCGAAUCUGUGGUAGUACAAUAUGAUGCUCGCAGUUAAAGCAAGUUUGUGAAAUAAAUAUUUUUGUUUCGA